UCAGGAAGUCCCACCCACUCAUUCCCAGUGUACCACGCGUGACGUGAUUGCGCAACGAGUUGAGCAAGCGCAGAUUCAGUCCGAGGGUUCAGCAGCAGCUAAGGCUUUUGUCUCGUCAUGGCUGAAACAUUUGAGAAAGCAGCAGAGGAGGCGAAGGUCCUGAAACAAAGACCAGAUCAGGGAGAACUGACUGCACUUUAUGGUUUAUAUAAACAAGCCACUGUUGGGGAGGUGAACACGGAACGACCAGGGAUGUUAGAUUUUACAGGAAAAGCAAAAUGGGACGCUUGGAACGCAAAGAAAGGUCUGUCCAAAGAAGAAGCAAUGGCGGCUUAUGUUGAGUUGGUGGAAAAGCUCAAAGAGAAAUAUGGAAUCUAGAGUCCUUAAGAAACAAAACAAUAAACAAAUACAAAAUAAA